ACUCCCUUUUCGUUUGUCGUCGUCAGAUCGUCGUGAUCCAUUUCAAUGGCCGCCAUUACUGCCUUUCAGUAUCAUCUUGUCCCGUGAAUUGGGGAGUCUGGUAUUCCUCUUCGCGCGACGAACAUUCAUUCGUUCUUAAUUAUUUCCAAUGAUAUAUACCCAACCUUAAGUUAAAUAAAUAAACGACACGUAAAGACACCCACUACCAAGAUCCGAUUCAUGUAGCAAGUGAAGGUAUCUGAGACGGGCCCAAGAGCGACAAGGAUUGUUGGAAUUUCAGACGCUCUCGCGUUCACGCGCCUAGGAUCUCAACCUAGCUGGCGCGGCAGACGUCAAGCGCUCAACAUCAGUAAACUCGUCGAUAGUACCCUUCAACUAACCUCCUAAUCAUGGCUGAGGAACCAAUAUCGGCUAUGGCGGGUGCAUCGAGGACACUUUCGGAGCUCGCGAAAAGGAUAUACAUCCCUUUGACGGCAACGAGCCCGCCAGGCUUGGUGGAAGCGAACACUGUCGACCCAUGGAGCGCGUCUGGGAAAUAUGGCUUAGGAUGGACGUAUUUCAGUGUAGCCCUGAUGGGACUGGUGGUACUGGUACGAAUAUGGCAUUGGUGGCAAGAUAAAAUUCGACAGGCGAUAUACAAGCAAGAGGUGGAGCAGCAUUACCGGGAUUUAUAUAACCUCGAUCCCGAGUAUGCGCUGGCGACAGGCAUGCACACAGGCCAGACUGGACGACAAUUCUUCCCCGAAGAAGGAGGAGGAGAGAAGAGGGACUUCAAGCCGAAAUCCGACUUUUCCGCCGUCGGUCCUGUUCUAGACACGUUCGCUCUCUUCAGAUGGGUCUUCUACCGCCCGAUACCCGAUAUCGUAUGGCGAAAACAUCGGUUCACUUUCUCUUCACUCGCGGUUUUAUUUGUCGGGUUCAUCGCAUUGGCCUUCGUAUCGUUAUACGUAUUUCUCAAGCAACCCCUGUAUUGGGACAGCAUCCAAUACGGCUCCCCACCGGUGGCGAUCCGAGCAGGCAUGAUUGCUGUCGCGAUGACCCCUUGGAUCAUUGCGACCAGCAUGAAGGCUAACAUUCUCACACUAGUCACAGGUAUCGGUCCAGAGCGGCUCAAUGUGUUUCACCGAUGGGCCGGUUAUCUUUGCCUGUUCUUGGUUCUCGUACAUACCAUUCCGUUCUACGUUCAACCUGUAUGGGACGACGGCGGCAUGGCUAUUUUUCAAACGCUGUUCCCCCAGGGGAGCGGUGUUAUCUACGGCACUGGUAUCGCGUGCCUAGUACCGCUGCUAUGGCUCUGCGUUGCUUCGCUUCCCUUCAUCCGUAGGAUAGCUUACGAACUUUUCGUAACGCUACACGUGCCAGUCGGCUUCGUGUACCUGGGUUGUUUAUUCUGGCAUACGAAGAACUACCUGGGGUCUUGGGAUUACUUAUAUGCCACGAUAGCUAUUUGGGUGUUGUGCUAUUUCCUACGCAUAUUUAAACUCAACUGGGUCAAACCGUGGCGGAUGUCCUUCUUGGUUGGAGACGAGGCAGCUAUUACCCUCAUGACCGAGAACGCUAUCAAGAUCACGAUUCCCACGCAGAUGAAAUGGAAGCCUGGGCAGUACGUGUAUCUGCGCAUGCCCGGUAUCUCAUUUUUCGACAACCAUCCGUUCACAAUCUCGUCGCUCUGCAGCGAGGAUUUCCCGUCGGAAUACGGCGAGCAGUACAGAGACUGCACUCUUGUGUUCAAACCGUACGGUGGGUUUACUCGUCGAGUCCUGGAGACUGCUAUUGAGAAGGGGCCAUUCCACACAUACCGGGCGUAUCUCGAUGGGCCAUAUGGCGGCAUGCGCCGAGAGCUUGCUGCAUUCGACACAUGCAUUCUGAUCGCUGGUGGAAGCGGUGUAACUGCACUGAUGUCUCAGCUGUUAAACCUGAUCAAACGUAUGCGUGAUGGCAAAGCUAUCACCAAGAAAGUGGUAGUUGUCUGGGCUCUCAAACGACUCGAGGCCAUGGAUUGGUUCCGAGAGGAGCUGCGUAUCUGCCGUGACUCUGCGCCUCCGGAGAGCGUAACUUGCAAGUUUUUCGUUACGGCAGCCAAGAGACAAUCCCGAAUCCCAGCACCCCGUGAGCGGGGACCUCGGCCCCUGAGCAAUAUAUUCCACGAUCGAUUAGACGGGUUUGUAGCCGGAAUCGCCUCGAAGCGUAAUUCCCAGAUGAUCCGAGACGAAGCGCAGGGCAACCCGGACUACGAGCGCGAGCUACGGGCAGAGGACGAAGAUAGAAUUACCGCCCUCCCACAACAGAAGUACCUCCAACCGCACCAUAUCCCACCGCAAGGCCCACCGCCAUCGAAUCGCCUGUCGGCUCAGGAGGACUCCCUUCGAAGGUUAGAAGGUCGGGAUCACAGUGAUACCGAAGAUCACGGCUGCGCAGAACCGGCCCCAACCGACGGUUUUCCCGACGACAAGCCCAAGCGAGAAUUUCACUUCCCGCCGCUACAAACACGCCCCGACCAGCAGCCGCACUUCAACUACGCGCCGCCAUCCCCGCGACGGAUGCCGCCCGCUUCCAGCGACGACGAGGCCUCGGGCGGACCCUCCGAGCCCGUACUCCGACCGCCGGAAUUCGCACACCUGCGGACGACGAACCUGCCGCCCCAGCAGCCGCGGCCGACGUCGACGUUCGGGCCGCCGUCGGGCUUCGACUUCGGGUUCCCGGAGACGCCGACGGAGUUCCAGAAGAGCCUGAUGCGGUUCGCGUUCCCGGUGCCGCACCAGAUCGACGGGGGCUGGAGCGUCGAGUACGGGCGGCCGGACCUCGGGUACAUGCUGCGCGAGUGGACGACGGGGGGCGUGGAUGGACGCGGUAUCUUGGGCAGGCGGACGGCGGUGUUCGUGUGCGGGCCGCCGAGCAUGCGGGUCGGCGUUUCGAAUAUGGUGGCACGGCUGCAGGCGGAGAUUUGGGGCGAUCCGAUGCUGGAGGAGAUUUUCUUGCAUACGGAGAAUUAUGCGCUGUGAAUGGGUGUGGUAUACGAUGCUUAUAGUAUAUGGCAUACGACCCGCGACGCGUUAUACUAGGAAUAAAUAAGAGCUUGGGGAAAGGGGGAGGGGAGGAGGGGAAGAGAAGAGAAGAAGGGGUUGUAUAUAACUACGUACACAUCUAAUAUCCCAUUGCCGGGACGAGCGAAACGACAUACGCGAAAUAUCACGACUCUACUACUACUACCACCAGCACCGGCGUUUGGGAUAGGAUAGGAUAGGCUGGGAUAAGGGAUUGGAAUAGGAAUAGGAUAGGGAUGGGUGAUACCACGCAGAGACAGACAGACAGACAGACAGCCAACUUGGGCUUUAUCCAUAUACCAGCCGGGACGGCGCUCCCGGCGUGUAUUUGUACAGACGACCUGAUUAGUCGGUUGGGUCGUUGGUCUGACGACGCUUACGUGCUAGGGGCUAAGGGGGUGCCGUAUAUGUGCCUUGGUGCUUGAGCCUCUACUCGAGCCUUGAGCCUAGGGUUUUUCUGAUCCUGGGCGUCGGGCUCUAUAUGGGGCUUUGAUAUGUGAUGGAUGGAUGGAUGGAUGGAAUUGGAUUGGGUGCUUUGUGAGCGUAUACCUACCUACCUACCUUAUAUUUUAUCCUAUUUGAAAUGCAGUACUGUUGCAUCCGAGUUGCGGAAAUAAAUAUACGAGUGCAUCAACUAGAA